AUGAUUUGCCUGGCUCUCCCCUUCCACUGUGGUUUCCUAUUUCAUGCCAUUGAAACGUUCAUCAUGGCUUAUUACACAUCUUUACCCCUGGCCAGCUCCCAGGGACAUUUCCCAAGACUUGAAAACGUGGGUGCUUUCAAACACAUUUCCAUUGUGCCAACCCAAGCUACCUGUGGACUGCCAGAGCGGAGUGCUUUUUGUCAAAGUUCUGUUGCUCUCGAAAGCAUUCGGUCCUGUACCAAGCAAUUUUGCAUUCAGGACUGCCCGUACAGAUCAUCACCUGCUUCCUAUAUUGCCAUUUUCUCAGAAAGCCUGGGAAUCUGCAUCACACGAGACAAGCAUGAUUUGCAUCCUGGACCCUUCAGCAACUUGUCAAGCUUUAUUUUUCAUAACCUACAAGAUUGUUUUUCCACUCCCCGCGCUCGGAAGCUUGCAGCUUCAUUUACUUUAACCGUGUGGUUGAAACCUGAGAAAGAAGGUGUAAUGUGUAUGGUGGAGAAAGCUGUUGAUGGGCAGACUGUGUUCAAGCUUACAAUCUCAGAGAAAGAGACCAUGUUUUAUUAUCGCACUGUAAAUGGGCUGCAGCCACCGAUAAAAGUAAUGACACUGGGGAGAAUUCUUGUGAAGGAAUGGAAUCAUCUUAGCGUGCAGGUUCACCAUACCAGAAUCAGUUUCUUUAUAAAUGGUUUGGAAGACGACAACACAGCUUUUGAUUCCAGAAUACUCACUGGGUUAAUUGCAGAUCCGUCUGUUGAUGGCAAAUGGCGAGUUGGGCAAAAUUUAAAUGGUUCAGAGCAAUUUGUUGGAAGGAUGCAAGAUUUCAGAUUGUACCAAGUGGCACUUACAAACAGAGACAUUUUUGAAGUACAUUCUGGAAAAUUUCCUCAGCUCCACACUCAGCCAGAAUGCCGCUGUCCUGGAAGUCACCCAAGGGUACACCCUUUAAUUCAGAGGUACUGCAUCCCUAAUGGUGCUGAUGACACAACUAAUGACAGAGUGCUUAGACUAAACCCUGAAGCUCACCCUUUGAGCUACAUCAACGAUAAUGAUAUUGGAACUUCGUGGAUUUCAUCUGUAUUUAGGACCACUGAACAACUCAAUAAUGGAGUUACCAUCACAAUAGACUUAGAAAACGGACAAUACCAGGUGUUUUACAUUAUACUUCAGUUCUUCAGCCCACAACCUGAAGCAAUACGAAUACAAAGGAAAAAGCAGCGGGAUUUUGUGUGGGAAGACUGGCAGUACUUUGCAAGGGACUGCAGUAUGUUUGGAAUGGAAAACAAUGGAUCACUAGAAUAUCCAGACUCCAUCAACUGCCUCCAGCUUCCUAGCAUUACUCCAUAUUCCCGUGGAAACAUUACUUUCAGUGUUCUCACUCCAGAACCAAAUCGUCGGCCAGGAUACAAUGAUUUCUACAAUACUCCCUCACUACAAGAGUUUGUCAAAGCCUCAGAAGUAAAGAUUAAUCUACUUGGCCAGUAUCAUACUACUAUGUCUUGGGUUAACUUUGGACACAGAUAUUAUGGAGUUGAUGAAAUUACUGUCAGUGGGAGGUGCAAUUGUCUUGGCCAUGCGGAUCACUGCGACACAAGUGCUAACCCAUACAGAUGUCUUUGCUCCAAGGAAAGCUACACUGAAGGCAACAAUUGCAAUCGUUGUUGGCCACUGUACAAUGACAAGCCUUUUCAUCCAGGAGAUCAAGUUCAUGCUUAUAAUUGCAAGGCUUGUGAAUGUUACGGCCAUGCAAGAAGCUGUCACUACAAUAGGACGAUGGAUUCUUUUCCUAAUGAACACCACAGAGGUGGUGGCGGAGUCUGUGAUAACUGUCAACAUAACACCACAGGAAGAAACUGUGAGUUGUGUAAGGAUUUCUUCUACCGACAUGUAGAUGCAAAUCUUUCAGCUGCGGAUGUUUGCAAACCUUGUAAAUGCUAUAUAGCAGGCACCAAAAACAGUAGCCGCCUCUGUAAUAUGAUUGGAGGCCAGUGUAAUUGUAAAAGACAUGUGUCUGGCAGAGAGUGCAAUCAGUGCCAGGAAGGAUUCUACAAUCUACAACAGUCAAAUCCUGAUGGCUGCAGCCCCUGUAAGUGCAAUACCUCUGGGACCCUCGAUGGAGAUAUUACCUGUCACCAAAAUUCAGGCCAAUGCAACUGCAAAGAAAAUGUUAUUGGUCUCAGAUGUGAUCGCUGCAACUUUGGAUAUAAACACUUGCAAAACUUUAAGGAAGAUGGUUGUGAGCCUUGCCAGUGUAACAUCUACGGUUCCAUGAGUGAUUUCUGUAACCCUUCUACUGGUCAGUGCAGUUGUAAGAAAGAUGUCAAAGGACUUCAUUGUGAUACCUGCAUUGACGGCUUUUACGGGAUGGAUGCUUUUGGCUGUAAGCCUUGUGAAUGCCAAACAGCAGGUUCUCUUUCUGGGACCGUGUGUGAUCCUGAAACAGGAAAGUGUGUCUGUAAGCCUAACUUUGGGGAAAGGCAAUGUGGUACCUGCACAGACGGGUAUUACAAAGUGCAGCAAAAUGAUUCCUCAGCCUGUCUGCCAUGUAACUGUGAUCAGGCUGGUACUGUGAAUGGCUCUUUGCUAUGUGACAAAUCAACAGGGCAAUGUCCUUGCAAAAUGCAUGUCACAGACUUUCAGUGCAGUCAGUGCAUGCCUCAAAUGUACAAUCUCACCACUCAAAAUCUUCUUGGUUGCGAGAUUUGUGACUGUGAUCCUUUGGGGACACUACCAGGAACUGCCUGUGAUCAAAUCAGUGGGCAAUGUGUUUGCUUGCCUCAACGCCAUGGAAGGAGGUGCAAUAUGUGUAAACCAGGUUUUUACGUUUCUCUGAAUAGUGUUAAUGGCUGCUUUCCCUGUUUGUGCCACACAACUGGUUCAGUAGAUGAGGUCUGCAAUAGUUUCACUGGCCAGUGUGUUUGUCAAGACUCUUCUGUGGCUGGAAUGAGAUGUGAUCAUUGCAGAGACUACUAUUAUGGAUUUGACUCAGAAACUGGGAGAUGUCAGCGUUGUAAUUGUCAUCCUGCAGGAGCGAUUAAUGGAACUUGUCAUCCCAUUACUGGACAAUGUGUGUGUAAACAAUUUGCAACUGGCUCAAAAUGCGACAACUGUGUUCCCAGCGCUAGUAAUUUGGAUGUCUACAACCUAUUUGGCUGCAGUAAAACUCCUUCCCAGCAACCUCCACCAGAAGGACAAGUUCUAAAUUCUUCUGCUAUCAGACUUGCUUGGAACCCACCUGAUUCUCCAAAUUCAAACCAGAUGGCUUACAAACUGUACAGAAAUGAGAGUCAAAUUUAUACAACAGAGGACAACUAUCCUUAUAGCACCCAGAACUUCACUGAUAGCUCUUUGUUCCCCUAUACCUUCUAUUCAUAUCACCUCGAGUCCAGGAAUGCCCAUGGAUCUACAAGAAGUGCAGCAUUGAUAUACAGGACACUGCCUGGGAUACCUGUAGGAAACAUUCAUUUAAACCCAAUCAUUCCAGUUGGGCCACAUUCUGUUUCAUUCAGCUGGACAGCCCUAUCAAACAAUUCUGGUCCAAUAGAGAAAUAUGUCUUGACGUGCACUUCUUUACUUAAUCUUCAACCUUGUGGCCAGUAUGAAGGCUUAGAAACCUUUACAACUGUUUGGAAUUUAGUUCCAUUUACAAAAUAUAUAUUUUACGUUCAGGCAUGUACUAGUGGGGGCUGUUUGCUGAGCAAGCAGGUGGAAGUAGUUACUGCACAGGUCUCUCCUGAGGAGCAGCAACCUCCAGUCAUACAUAGCAUCAGCUCUACAGAAUUGGCGGUCGAAUGGGCCCCUCCAAAGCAAGCAAAUGGUGUAAUUAUUAGGUAUGAACUGUAUAUGAGAGGAACUCUGCAAUCUAAUGGAAGUCAUAUUCCGCCUGAGAGUCGUGUUUUCCAAACCAGUGGAUGGUUCAGUCCUCAUCCAGUGAUAGAAUCUGCCAAUGAGAAUGCUUUGACACCACCUUUAACAUGCACCAACAUCACUGAUCUGGAGCCAUUCACAGAGUAUGAGUUUCGUAUUUUAUCAGUCAAUAUGGCCGGGAGCACAUUUUCGAGUUGGACAUCACAGAGAACAGCAGAGGGAGCUCCUGUAUUCAUGCCACCUCCAUCAGUAUUCCCUCUUUCACCGUAUUCUCUCAAUGUAUCUUGGGAAAAGCCACGAGAUAAUGAAGCAAGAGGAGAAGUGAUGGGGUACAGCGUCAAUGUAAUUACCGAACAAAAAGUAUUGCCAGUGUUUUCUCAGGUUUUGUAUAUCGCUGAAGCUCGUGAACACUUCUACAUAGUGACAGGAUUGGAACCAUACCGAAUUUACUAUUUUGACAUUACUCUCUGCAAUCGAAUUGGUUGUGUCAACAGUGAGCCGAGAAUGGGACAAACCUUAGCUGCUGCACCAGGGCAGCUAAUUGCCCCAUACACCAAAGCAGCAAACAGCACAGCAAUAAAGAUAAGUUGGAAUGAACCUAAGGAACUUAAUGGGCCUCCUCCAAUCUAUCAGCUGGAGAGAACGGAUGCAUCUUUAGCAACAUCAUAUGUAACUGUUAUAAAAGGAAUCCGUUUCCCAGGAAAUGGGUAUUAUAAAUUUCCAAACUCCACUCUGCCGGCAAACACAUAUUUUACAGGUAUUAAAGUAAGUUUUAGAACUACAGAACUUGAUGGCUUAAUACUUUUCUCCAUCUCACCUGGGAAUCAAGAGGAAUAUAUUGCACUUCAGUUGCGAAAUGGACGUCCUUACUUUCUCUUUGAUCCACAGGGAUCUGCUGUUGCACUAACUCCAGAUAAUGACGGUGGAAGACAAUAUAAUGAUAACAGUUGGCACCAUAUAAUUGCUGUAAGAAAUCAAGCUUUGGGAACAAUCACUAUAGAUGGGCAGUUCACAGUUUCCUCAUCAGCUACUAGUGGUAGUACCAUUAUUGGAGAAAACACAGGAGUUUUUGUUGGAGGACUUCCACAAGGAUUUACUAACCUAAGAAAAGACACAGAAAUAGUCACAAAAGGAUUUGUGGGGUGUCUCCGAGACAUAUUCCUGAAAAAGAUGCAUCAUCCCUAUGAGGUUUGGGAGCCUUUAGAAUGGAAAGAAGCAGUGGAGCAACGAAAUGUUUAUCACAGUUGGGAAGGGUGUCCCAGUGUGCUUGCAAAUGGAGCACAUUUUCUCGGGAAAGGUUUCCUAGAACUCCAUUCAAAUAUUUUUCAUGGUGGUCCGGACAUCGAGAUCUCCUUUCUCUUUAAAACAGAUCAACUGAAUGGAAUGCUUCUGUUCAUUUACAACAAGGAAGGGCCCGAUUACAUUGCUGUAGAACUGAAGAGUGGAAUCUUGACUUUUCUACUAAACAAUGGUAUUGUUUCUAUACAUGUGAAACUCUGGUUAGGAUUGUCCUAUUGCAAUGGGAAGUGGAAUAAAGUUAUUUUGAAAAAAAGAGGAUCGGUAGUUUCAGCCAGUAUGAAUGAAUUGACAGAACAUUUGGUGAAACCUGGUUUAGACCAGCUGUUUGUAAACUCUCCAGUCUACAUUGGAGGAAUCCCAGAUGAGAUCCAGAAUACCUUCAAAGUGCUGGGAUUAGAACAAGGUUUUGGUGGCUGCAUGAAGGAUGUUAAAUUUACACGAGGUGCUGUCGUUAACUUGGCAUCUGUGUCCAGCAGUGCUGUCAGAGUCAAUCUGGAUGGAUGCCUAUCAACUGACAGUGCUGUUAACUGCAGGGGAAAUGACUCCAUCCUAGUGUACCGAGGAAAAGAGAGGAGCGUUUAUGAGACUGGCCUACAACCAUUUACAGAAUAUCUAUACCGGGUAAUUGCUUCUAAUGGAGGAGGGUCUGUAUCUAGCACCUGGAGCCGUGGUCGCACAAGAGAAUCAGCCCCACAAAAUGUUCCAACACCCUCAAGAGUUCACAGCAUAAAUGGUUACAGUGUUGAGGUGACAUGGGAUGAACCAGUUGGGGUCAAAGGUGUAAUUGAGAAGUAUAUUCUGAAGGCAUCCAGUGAAGAUGGUCCCAGCAUACCUACCAUCAGUACUGAGAUUUCUAAUACUACUGCAUUCAGAGGCGUGCUGACAGGCUUGCGGCCUUUUGCAAAGUAUGCUGUAACCCUAACAACUUGCACUUUGGCUGGCUGUACUGAGAGCUCACAUGCCUUGAACAUCUCCACUCCACAAGAAGCUCCACAAAAUGUCCACCCGCCCACAGCUAUUUCAUUCCCCACAUCUUUAUUGCUGAGUUGGGCUCCACCAAGAACUCCAAAUGGGAUUAUAACACAAUAUUCUUUAUACAUGAAUACACAACUAAUUUAUACUGGAAAUGAAACCAAACAUAUUGUCAAGGAUUUAAGAGUUUUUACAGCAUACCAGUUUCUCAUCAGUGCCUGCACAAUUGUUGGCUGUACAAACGGUUCCCAGGUCACCUUGAUUACAGCACAGCUGCCACCAGCUCAUGUGGAUACACCGUUCCUGACGGUUUUGGAUUCUAGAACAAUACAUGCACAGUGGAAAGCACCAGAAGAAAUAAAUGGAAAUCUACAAUCUUACAUUCUGUACAUUGCUAACAAUGAAACUAAUAUUACAGUUUGGAAUGUAAUAUAUAAUUCUACAGAUCUUUUUCGGGAUUAUACUAUCCAACACCUUUCCCCUGGUACUGAAUACUUCAUUAAGCUAGCGGCCUGCACUGGAGGCGGAUGUACAAUAAGUGAAACGACUUCAGCAAUAACAACUGAGAGUACACCAGAAGGUGUUCCUGCUCCUGAAGUCCAGUCAUAUUCCUCUGACUCCUUUAACAUCUCAUGGACUAAGCCUGAGUACCCGAAUGGAUUUAUUACCAGCUAUGGAUUGUAUAUGGAUGGCAUUCUGGUACAGAACUCAUCACAACUCAGUUAUUAUACUUCUGGAUUUUCUCCUUGGAGUUUGCAUUCUUUCAGAGUUCAGGCAUGUACUGCAAAAGGCUGUGCUUUAGGCCCACUGGUAGAAGCUCGUACGAUUGAGGAUGUACCUGCCGGAAAAAUGGAAGUAUUUGUCAUUAGUGAUGGAUCCAGAGGAGUUCAAGUGAAAUGGCUUCCUCCACUUGAGCCAAAUGGACAGAUAUUCUACACUGUUCUUUUCACUGGCAUCUUCUAUAGUGAUGAAGUGAAUGGUGAUUAUGUUAUUUUAAAUGGCACACGAAUUUUACAUACCAGUAAUGAAGCAAAUACCUGGGUGCCGAUUGGAGGACUAGUCCCAUUUUCAAACUAUACAGUAGAAGUGAAUGCUUCCAACAGCCAGGGCUACUUGAUAAGCGAUCCUGUAAAAAUUGCACUACCUCCUGGAGCUCCAGAUGGCAUGUUGCCUCCAAGGCUUUCAUCUGCCACGCCGACCAGUCUUCAGGUUGUCUGGUCUGUACCAGUUCGCAACAAUGCUCCAGGCUUACCCAGCUACCGACUUCAAAUGAGGCCUCAGCACUCCCCAGAAGAUAUUCUAGGGUUGCUUUCCAGACCUUCAGCUUCUUUAAACUACAUAGUCACUGAUCUGCAGCCAUACACAUCUUAUGAGAUGAGGGUUAUUGCCUGCAAUGGAUAUGGUGAUGCAUACAGCAACUGGACCCUUAUGGUUACAGAAGAAGAUAAACCAGGUCCUAUAGACCCACCACUCCUAUUGGAUGUUAAAUCCAGAGCAGUAUCAAUCUCCUGGCAGCAUCCCUCAAAGCCCAAUGGCAUUAUCUCCCAUUACAACAUUUACCAAAAUGCCCAGCUGCACACCACUAUUGCAGGAACCAGAUCUAAAUGCACUGUCCAUGACUUGCGCCCUUUCACAGUUUAUCAGUUUCAAGUAGAAGGCUGCACCUCCCAAGGAUGUUCUCUUUCCACUGAGACUUCACCUGUACGGACCCUUCCAGAUGCCCCUGAAGAUAUCCCCAUUCCAGAGCUAUAUUCAGACACACCAACAUCUGUGCUAGUAUCGUGGCAGCCUCCUCUUCAUCCAAAUGGACAGCUUGAAAAUGUUACAAUAGAGAGGAGAAUGAAGGGAACAGAACAAGUAUCCACUGUUGCUUCCUUCCCUUUCAAUUAUUCCAAGACCUACCUGGACCAAAGCGCUGCUCUUAGCCCUUGGAAGAAAUAUGAAUACAGGAUACUGGCAAGUACUUUUAAAGGAGGCACUAACAGUAGCACCUGGGCAGAAGUUAUCACCAGGCCCUCAAGACCUGCGGGUAUCCAGCCUCCCGUAGUGGGAGCAUUAGGCCCAGAUACUGCACAGGUUUCCUGGAAUUCUCCUUUCAUACCAAAUGGGGAAAUACUUAGUUAUGAGAUCCGGAUGCCUGACCCUCGAAUCACUCUUACCAACAACUUGUCGUCAUCAAUGAGCCACAUAGUGACCGGUCUGAUCCCUUUCACAAACUACUCAGUCACCAUAGUAGUCUGCUCUGGAGGUGGCGGCUACAUUGGAGGAUGCACAGAGAGUCUACCUGUGUACGUGAUUACCCAUCCAUCACUUCCCCAGAGCAUUAGCCCUUUGUCUGUGAUCCCAAUUAGCGAGUCAUUCAUUGCUCUUUCCUGGCAGCCACCAUCAAGGCCCAAUGGACCCCACAUAAGAUAUGAGCUCCUGAGACGUAAAAUCCAGCAGCCACUUGCAUCAAAUCCCCCUGAAGAUUUAAAUCUCUGGCACAAUAUUUACUCAGGAACUCGGUGGUUUUAUGAAGAUAAGGGUCUUAGCAGGUUCACAACAUAUGAAUAUAAGCUUAUAGUGCACAAUGAUGUUGGAUAUACAUCAAGUGAAGAAGUGCUCGCUGCAACAUUGGCAGGCUUUCCCAAGAAGGGGAGUAAUGUAACUGCACAAACUCUUAACCAUACUGCUAUAGAAGUGGAAUGGUCCACCCCAACCUUGCAAGAUUUACAAGGAAGCAUUGCGUAUUACCUCCUCUCCUGGAAUGACACUGUCCUCUACAAUGCCAGGAAGAUCCCUGCUGGUGAAAACCGUGCCUUCAUUGGUGAAUUGCAUCCUAACACAGAGUAUCAGAUUUCGCUUCAGGUUUCCAAUGGGAUUCACAGCAUCACCAGUGAGGCAGUGUAUGUGACUACAUCAGACGGAGAGCCGGAGGGCAUGUUCCCUCCAGAGGUUGUCAUCAUCAACAGUACAGCUGUACGUGUCAUCUGGACAUCGCCUUCAAACCCAAAUGGUGUUGUCACAGAGUAUUCUGUCUAUGUAAAUAAUAAGCGAUACGAGACUGAAAUGAAGGCGCCUGGGUCUUUUCUUUUAGGAGAUUUGUCUCCAUUCACUAUUUAUGAUAUACAGGUUGAAGUCUGCACAGUAUAUGCUUGUGUGAGGAGUAAUAGAACCCAAAUUACAACUGUUGAAGAUGAGCCAAAUGAGCUAGCACCACCACGGAUUCAUGUCCUUAGUCCAAGGUCACUUCAGAUUAACUGGGCAUCACCAGGACAACCAAAUGGUAUUAUCCUAGGAUACAUUCUGUUGCGUGUAGCUCACCGUAGGUGCAUUGUGGGACAGCAGCUAUCAAAACAUCAAAGUUGGGGAUCAUGUCUGCCUUUGGAAUGCGAUAUCCAUGAAAACAUCUGUGGAGGAUUGUGCUACAAUCCACAGUUUAAGGUGUGUUGUAAUGGGAUUCUGCAUAACAAUAUUCCAGGUUUCCAGUGCUGUGAGGACAAGUACCUCCUGUUUCCUCCUAAUAUAUCAGGUGUUUGCUGUGGCGGCCAGACCCAUGCAGUGCAACCAGACUAUCAGUGCUGUGGUGGCUAUUACACAAGGGUAUUAGCAGGAGAAGUAUGCUGCCCAGUCGAAGAGCAAAACUGGGCCCCUGUUGGGAUUGGGGACUCCUGCUGCCGAGGAAUUCCUUAUUCCACAUCAGGGAACCAGAUAUGUUGUGGUGGAUUACUCCAUGAUGGCUUCAACCAGCAAUGUUGUGGUGGGCAAAUAGUAAGCAAAGACUUGAUCUGUUGUGGUGAUCAAGAAAAAGUGAACAUCUAUCAACCUACAUCAGGAAUGUUCUGUUGUGGACAUGAAUAUGUGAAUAUGUCAAGUACCAUAUGCUGCUCAGCUUCCAGUGGUGAGUCUAAAGCCCACAUUAAAAAGAAUGACCCGGUGCCAUUAAAAUGCUGCGCAACUGAACUGAUUCCAAAGAGCGAGGAAUGUUGUAAUGGACUUGGAUAUAAUCCUUUGAAAUAUGUUUGCUCUGACAGGAUUUCACUUGGAAUGAUGAUGAAGCUAAAAGAAGAAUGCAAAGCUAGCACUCUGUGCCCUCUAUCCAUGGAAGCGACAGCAUACUGUGGGCGAUGUGACUUUGACAAACAUACUCAUAUAUGUGCUUGGAUCAAGAGCUCCUCGGGUAAUGCAGAGAAGAAGGAAAAUGAUGGCAUAUGUCCAACUUUGGAGGAGAAGGUCUACACAGGAGGCCCAACUCAAUAUUCCUUCACAGAUCUGAACCUAGAACCUCAUGUCACAUAUGAAUACAGGGUAGCUGCAUGGAACAAAUUUGGAAAAGGUUUAAGUGAAAUUGGCAGAGCUACCACGAAACAAGAUGUGCCUGAAGGUAUAAGUCCACCCCAGUGGACCAAAGUGGAUAAUCGGGAAGACAUAAUAUUUCUAAGCUGGAAGGAGCCUCAUCAAUCGAAUGGCAUCAUAAUUCAUUACAUUCUUCUCCGAAAUGGGAUUGAGCGUUUCAGAGGAAAGGAACUGAGCUUCACAGACACCGGUGGUAUUGAACCAUAUCAGGAAUAUUCAUAUCAGUUGCGUGCUUGCACAGUUGCUGGUUGUGCAGAUAGCAGCAAGGUAGUUGCAGUCACUGUCCAAGGAGUCCCAGAGAGUGUUCAGCCACCAACAGUUACAGCUUUGAGCGCAAUGGCUUUGCAUUUGAGUUGGAUGGCACCAAGGAAACCAAACGGUAUAAUCAGAGAAUACCAGAUCAGUCAAAUUGGGAAAGGACUUAUACAUACUGACACAGCAGGCAAGAUGCAGCAUACAGUAACAGAUCUUCAACCACACAGGAACUACAGCUUCACACUUGCAGCAUGUACAUUUGCUGGAUGUACUUCUAGUCGAACAAGUUCAGGUAGAACAUUGCAAGCUGCUCCUCAAGGUGUAUGGUCACAGCCUCGUCAUAUCAUAGUUAGCUCUACAGUAGUGGAAUUAUACUGGGAUGAAGCAGAGGAACCCAAUGGAAUUAUUUUUCAGUAUCGAUUGCUUUGUAAUGGAGAAGAGAUUUUCAAGGGUGGUAAAAGAAAUCUAAAUUUCACUCAUUCUGGUCUUCAACCAAAUAGCAGAUAUGUUUACCAGCUAGAAGCCAGCACAUGGGGUGGUAGCAAUCUUAGUGACAAAUACAUUAUCCAGACACCAGUAGCAACACCAGAGGAAAUUCAUGUCCCAUAUAAUGUCACAAUAAUGGAUUCAACUUCUAUUUUUGUAGCCUGGAACACUCCUGGAUCAUUUAAGACCAACGUGCCUUUGAAGUACAACAUAUUACUAAAUGCUGGGAGUCCCUCCCCACUUGUAAAAUCCAUUGGCCAGCCCAACUUUGCUCUUUUGGACAAUCUGGAUCCGUACACACAGUAUGAGAUAAGGAUACAAGCCUGCCAGGAUGUUGCCUGUGGAGUUGGUGAACGAACAUAUGCAAGGACUGCUGAAGCACCUCCUAAGGAUUUGAGCACACCUGUCAUUACAGCCACUGGGUCAGCGUCUAUACGAGUAAAAUGGUUGCCGCCUAGGAAACCCAAUGGAAUAAUUAGAAACUACUUUGUUUACAGGCGUCUUGUGGGCACCCAAGAGAAACUGCUGGUGUUCAUCUGGUCUGAAGGUGCUUUAGAAUUUAUUGAUGCUACAGAUGUUCUUCAGCCAUUCACUGAGUAUGAAUACCACAUCAGGGCUCAGAAUUCCAAGGGCUCUGUGAAUAGUCUGUGGUCUUCAACACAAACUCAAGAAGCACCACCUCAGGGCAUGAAAGCUCCUUGGGCCCAAGCCGUGAGUGCUUACUCUGUGCUUCUGAAUUGGACCAGCCCCACUUCUCCUAAUGGUGCUCUUUCUCAAUAUCGUGUUGUCUAUCAAGAGAGGCAGAGCGACCCAACAUUUAACACUCCAGCUGUUACUGCGCUGACUGUACCAGGAAUGAUACAUCAAACUCACUUGUUUGGUCUGAAGCCAUUCACAACCUACCAUAUUCACAUUGUGGCUGUCAACCAUGCUGGACAAGUUUCGAGUCCAUGGACUUCAGUGCGUACCCUGGAAGCUUCCCCGAGCGGCCUGAGCAACUUUACUGUAGAAAAGAAAGAGAAUGGCAGGGCAUUGCUACUUAAAUGGGCAGAGCCUUCCAAACCCAAUGGUAACAUUAAGACCUACAAUAUUUUCAACGAUGAUAACCUAGAAUACAGCGGUUUGUCUCGUCAGUUCCUCUUUAGACGCCUUGGGCCUUUCACCCUUUACAGCCUCGUCCUUGAAGCGUGCACCAUAGCUGGCUGCACUCGCUCUUCACCCCAGCUAGUCUGGACAGAUGAAGCCCCUCCUGCGUCUCAGAUGGCACCUGUAAUCCAGUCGGUGAAUGCGACCAGCAUUCGACUGAGCUGGUCCAAGCCAAUUAAUUCAAAUGGAAAAAUAAUACGCUAUGAAGUUAUUCACAGACACACCAAAGAAAAUGCUUCAGGGAAAAACGCAACGACAGAAGAAGAGGAAAUUGUUCUUACCGAAUAUAACACUGGGAGUAAUGCAUUUGUAUAUAAUGCACAACAUUUGCAGCCCUGGACUAGAUAUGAAUAUAAAAUACGUGCCUGGAAUUCAGCAGGAUCUACGGAUAGCUCUUGGUCUGUUGCAAAGACCAGCCAAGCUGCCCCAAAAGGCUUGGCUGCACCCAUCUUGAGGCAUAUCCCAGCAACCCCCCGCAAAAUGCUGAUUUUGUGGUCCUCCCCAGAAGAACCCAACGGUGUUCUGCAGUCAUAUAGGCUCCAAAGAAAUGGUGUUCACUUUCCUUUCAGCUUUGACGCUACUACUUUUAACUAUACCGAUGAAGAAUUACUACCGUACUCAGAAUACCGCUAUGCAGUAACUGCUUGUACUAUGGGAGGCUGCUCCACCAGCGACCAGACCAGUAUAUGGACACUAGAGGCAGCUCCAGCAGUAGUCAACCCUCCUACAGUAGAAGAUCUAAGUUCUACCCAAUUUAAUGUCUCUUGGUCAACACCCCAAAUUCAAAAUGGAGAAAUCACAAAGUACAUUUUAAAAUUAAAUGGUGAAGAGCUCUACAUUGGGAAAGGUUUCUUUAGGACAGUGUUGAACCUACAGCCUUACACUAAGUAUGACAUCACACUGGUUGCCUGCACAAAUGGAGGUUGUACCGCUAGUGCAUCCCAAUCCAUUAGGACAACAGAGGCUCCUCCACUUAACCUAGAUGCCCCCAGGUUGCUAGUGACAGGUUCGGAAUCGAUAGAAAUCACAUGGAAAGCUCCCGCCAGUCCAAACGGCAAAAUCCAGAUUUACGAACUGAGGAGGAAUGGGUUUCUGGUUUAUUCUGGUCUGGAUACCCGUUAUCAUGACUUUCUGCUAACUCCAGGAAUAGAAUACAGCUAUACCGUUAGUGCAAACAACAGCCAAGGAAGCGUUACCAGCCCGCUAGCUAAAAUUAGGACCAAUCCCUCUGCCCCUUCUGGAAUGUCACCGCCUAGGUUGCAAGCCUGGCCCUCGGAAGCAAUUUCGGUUACUUGGGAUGCACCUGCAAAAGUCAAUGGUGAUAUACUCAAUUAUUCAAUCACCCUUCGGGACCCUAUUAUACCAGAAAAGAAAACUGUUCAUCUGGAUCCAUCUCAAGUUUCUUUUGGGAGACGGUCCUACACCACAGCAGAACUAAAACCCUAUCACAGGUAUGAAGUCCAAGUGCAAGCUUGCACACUCCUGGGUUGCACUUCUAGCGAAUGGGCUUCUGUGCAGACUCUCGAAGCGCCCCCUGAAAUACAGCCAGCCCCUCUCAUAGACGUACAGCCAAGUCGUGUUGGAUUCCAGUCUGUUCUUUCCAUUGUGUGGACAGGCCCAAAGCAGCCAAAUGGAAAGAUCUUAUAUUAUGAGCUUUACCGAAGACAGACGACACUCCACCAACUAAAUCAAGACCUGGUCCUUGUUUAUAAUGGUUCGUCCACUUCCGUCAAAGAUGUCCUGCUCCUACCUUUUACUGAAUAUGAAUAUCAGGUUUGGUCAGUAAACUCUGCAGGCCGGACUGCUAGCAGUUGGACCCAAUGUAAAACGGGCCCAGCCCCUCCUCAAGGACUUCAUGCACCACUCUUUGAUACAGUGGCUUCUACUUCAGCUGUGGUAAACAUCAGUCCUCCUCUUAAGCCCAAUGGAAUAGUCAGUCUCUACAGACUGUUCUCAAAUAAUGCCAAAGGAAAGGAUGUGGUGCUGUCAGAAGGAACUGCCACUCAGCAAACAAUUCAUGGACUGAAGCCUUUCACCACCUAUUCUGUUGGGGUUGAGGCCUGCACUUGCUUCAACUGCUGUAGCAAAGGGCCAGUGGCGCAGGUGACUACCCAGCCAGCUCCACCCUCACAUCAGCCUCCUCCCUCCGCCUACAGCUUGUCAUCAAGGAAUGCUUCUUUUCGGUGGGAUGCACCUCUAGAACCCAAUGGCAUUGUGAGAAGGUAUGAACUCCACAUCUUCGCAUCCUGUUCUCCCCAUUUACAGCCAAUAGAAAGGACUUGUAAACCUGGCCCUAUGGAAGUGAGAUACACAGGGAGUGGUCAGCGCUCCAACGUAAGUGAUCUACAGCCGUAUACAAGCUACAAGGUGAGAGUGGUGUCCUACAAUUCGGUAGGCAGCACUGCUUCAGAAUGGAUCAGCUUUACUACCAAAAAAGAGGUGCCUCAAUACGAAGCUCCAUUUACAGUUGUCAGCAAUUUAUCCACCAUCUACCUUGACUGGAGUCACACCUUCCUCCUGAACGGGCCACUGAAGGAAUAUGUGCUAAUGGAGGGAGGACAACGCAUCUACAGUGGCUUUGACACCAGGCUGUCUUUGCCAAGGACAUCUGACAAAACCUAUUUAUUUCAGGUAUCUUGCACCACUGAUGAAGGGAGUGCUGAAACACCAGUGAUCAAAUACAACACUGCUACAGGACUGGGUCCGGUGUUACCAACGCCAGGAGAGAAUCUCGAAACGGAGUCGAAGCAGGCGAUGUUCUACACCGAGCUGUGGUUUGUGGUCCUCAUGGCCAUCCUUGGCUUGGUCCUUCUGGCAAUUCUUUUGUCCCUAAUUCUACAGAAAAAAAUAAGUAAGGAGCCAUACGCACGGGAAAGGCCUCCUUUAGUGCCACUCCAAAAGAGGAUGUCACCAAUGAGCGUCUACUCACAAGGAGAAACGCACAUGGGACUGGCAGAUACAAAAGUUCCGGCAGCAGCAUCGCCAACAAGCAUGCGUAGCACUCGAAGCACUUCUGUCCUUCAGGCACCAAGUCAAAGCCAGAUACAGCAGACUUUCCCCCAAGGUUCUCUACAUCGGAGUGUCAGUCAGCUUAUCGAUGUCUACGACAAAAAAUCUUUAAUAGAAGAUACCGUUUGGGAUACCAUUAUUCAUGGUCAUGACAGUGGUUUGUAUGUGGAUGACGAAGAUCUUGUGAGUGCUAUCAAAGGCUUCAGUACCGUCACCAAAGAACAUACAACAUUUACUGAUACACAUUUGUGAGUAGUUUCUCCACUGCUUCUACAGCAUAGACAAAAGAAUAUGGAAGGCACUCUUUCAAU